AUGGCCUUGCUCCUGGAGAUUGAGCGCACAGCAAAGAGAGCUGGUCCAAUUCGCAUCUGGAUCCGCCGCCUGAGACCGCCCCCUCCCCCACCCCUUUGUCGCGCUCCUCUCCGCGUAGAGACGUUGCCCAACAUACACCGGCUCGCGUCUCUGUUUGCCUCGACGCCGACGUCGAGGGCGGCGGCUGGUGCUGGCGUCAAGGUGGGCGACGCUGUCCGCGACGACAACAACAGCGAAGACGAAGACGACAGGGAAGAGGACGGAGACGACGCGGCGGAAGAGAAGGAGCACGACGGAGGGAGGGCACCGGCGAGAAUGGCCACGAGCAGCCGUCGAUCGACGAGCGCAAGGGCGAGAGGCGCGGCGCAGGCGAAGCCGACGAGGGCGGGCAGGCGGGCCAAGCGGGAUCUGAGCACCGUCAAGGACGGCGAGGAUGAGGAAGACGAGGACGAUGAGCCCGUGGAGCAAGUCAAUGGGGCCGCGGACGAGUCUGCAGAAGAGGAGGAGGAAGAGGAGGUACUGACGCCGCCUGUCUCGGAGAGGAAGGGCCGGAGUCUGGCGGCUGUAAAGAGGAACGGCAAGGAGCCUGAGACGAUCGAGGUGGAUGACGAAGGGGACGACGAAGAGCAGAUUGAAGAGGACGAGGAACAAGAGGAUGACGACGAGGACGAGGAUGAGGUCUACGAAAUGGAGUCGAUUCUCAAGCAUAAGAUCACCAAUGACGGAUUUUUCUUCAAGAUCAAGUGGAAAGGCUACCCGGACGAGGAAAGCACCUGGGAGCCCGAGGCAAACAUCCUCGGCGCUCAGAUGCUGCGUGAGUACUGGAAGAAGCACCCUCACGCCGAGAAACAGGCGCGCAAAGCCUACAACGAAAAAAAGAGACGCGGGCCGGGCUCACCAGCGACGCCCAGCGGCAAGAGAAAGGCGAGGGGGAACGACGCACCGCGUGCAUCGCGUCUGGCACUUGACGAAGAAGACGCAGGCAUCGUUGACGGUGACAGCGACGACGACGACUACAGCGAUGCAGAAGAAGCGGGGCCGAAGAAGAGGUUGCGUACAACCAGAACCACCGCGAGCCGAGCGUCGACGUCGAGAAGGGCAAGGGCGAGGCGAAGCGAGAGCGAAGACGAGAGCGAAGACGAGAGUAAAAACGGGAGCGAGCUGGAGGAGGAAGAAGAGUCAGACGAGGCUGGAAGCGAGCUGGAGACGCAGUCUGACAUCAAGGCACGCGAGGAUGCCGAUCGCGAAGAGUGGUUGAAGAUGGACAACUGGGACGGCAAAGUCAGGGUCCAGACCUUGGAGAAGUUCGACGAAAAUGGGCCUUUACUGGCCAGAAUCGUCUCGACGAGCAAACGGUCGCCGGUCGCAUUCUGGGUGCCCACAAAGAUUGCCAACAAAAUGUGUCCAUUUGCCAUUAUCGACUUCUAUGAGACCAGGGUCACCUUCAAGUUGCCCUGGACGAGCGCAUCGUUAAGGAGGGGCUAGAGAUGAGAAGCGAUUAUCAGACAUCUUGCUUGUCUCUCCAUCGGCCUCCUCUCUACCACUUCUUUUUCUACAUAGUCCACAAUCCCGUUGUAUUUGUCUGUAAAACCACAAGGAGCAGCCAUGUUCUACUGAUCCUGGCUCACCGUCACCGUAAUAAUUAGCAACCGAUUAUUUUUGAC